UGGCGCACAGACGGUUCGUUUCGGUGCGGUCGCUCGCUCAGUUCACACAUGCUGAAUAACUGUAACCGCAACUAAAGCCAACGAGUGCGAGCAUUUGUUGUUGUUGCUGUGUUUGCUCUCGCAGCCUCUCGCUGGCGCUAGCUUCGCUGUCGCUGCCGUCGUUGACGUCGCCGUUGGCGUCGACGCCCAACUUGAUUUCUUCCAAUCUUGGCUGGGAAAUCGGAAUCGCAACAAUUGGAAUAGUCGGUUGAAUUUGCGUGCUGCGAUAAGCUGGCACAACCAGCAGCCACCUCAGCACCCUUCCAGCUACCACCCCCACCCCAGCCCACCCCACAGCGUGGCGUGUCAAGUGCAGGCACUCGCUGCUGCCGCUGCCACUGCCGCUGCCGACGUUGCUGUUGCUGUUGUUUCAAUCAGCAGCCAGAUUCACACUCUCAGCUUCAGCGUCAGCCUCAGCUGGCGCCGGCGUCAGCCAGUCGCGUUCCAUGACUUCCAACUCUGCGCGCCCAGCGACCGACCGUGAUUAACUUUUACGGGUUUAGUCCGCUCGAUGACGCCGAACACAACAGUUAUACAACAGCCCAGCAGCUGCUUGCAUGGCUGAUAAAAGCCAAAAGAAAUCUGUUCCGUAACAGUUGACGUUGUUGAACGCGCGUGUAAAUCCGUUUCCGCUUACCGAGUUCCCACAUCCGUAUCCGCUGCCGUUUUCGCUGCCCAUGCCGUCGCGUGUGCCACUCCAAAGCUUUUAAACGUUAUCAAAAAAACAAAUAAAACCAAAAAAAAAGGCAAAAAACAAACCAAAAACUCAACUCAUGAACGUUGGCAAGAUGCAAGCGCCUGACCAGAAUCAGAAUCUGCUGCAUCCGGCCGCCUCCGCUGGUCCGCCGCCGGCGCAACAGCAUCACCUGCCCAUCGACUACAGUUUGGGCAACUUUAAGCCCGCCAUUGCAGCUGAUUUUCCCGGCGGCCCCUUUGGCGCCAGCCCCUCAUCCUCCGCAUCGCAAUCAACCGCCACGUCAAGCGCCGCGCUGCAUGUGCGCGAUCUCAGCACCUUGACCACAAUGGCAGCAAUACCCUCGCCCACGCAGCUGCUGCACCAGCGCAUGCAACCGGCCCAAAUCACGGUGAAUGCACAUCAUCAACAGCAGCAGCAGCAGCAAUUGCCGCCGGCGGCUACAUCGCCACAUGAUUACGCGCCCAUGUCCGCCUUCAAGGCGGUGCUGCCCAAGAAGCGAAACACCGACGAUGCAGCGCACCCCUUUAGCAUAAGCAGAUUGGUCAAGACUGAACACCUGACGGCAAUUGUGGCAGCCGCAGGCCUGAAGCCACCGCCGCUGUCGGCGCACAGCGUCGCCCUGGCGGAGGACAACAACAAUUCCAUCUCGAUGCUGAGCAAGAACCAACAGCAACAGCAGCAGCAGCAGCAACUGCAGCGUCCUAAGCUGCUGCCCUAUCUGAGCGCCAGCGAGCAGCUGCGGCAGUCGCGCUCCCGAUCGAGAUCACGAUCGCGCAGCGCCUCGCACUGCUCCUCGCAGAUCGACAUGGACGAUGCGGACAGCAGUCACGAGCGCUACUCGCGGCAUUCGCGCCGUUCACUGCACUCCCGUUCCCGCUCCCGCUCCCGAUCCCGAUCACAUUCGAGCAGCUCUUCCGUGGAGCUGGAGGUGGACUCGCCGCCCGGCAGUCCCAGCAUGAGUUCGCCCAGUGCCGCCUCCGUUUCCGCCUCCGAGCUGCUUAUCACGGCCAACAGCAACAGCAGCGCCAAGAAAUCCGAUUUGUUCUCCGUCUCCGCGCUGCUGCGUCGCGACGAGCCGGCAACGCGACGCGCACGUAGCCCGCCACUUGGCCUGGUUGGCGCCUCGACCGCAGCGCUGGCGCUGCCCAAUCCGCUGGAGGCCAUGCGCCAGAGCUACCCGCCCAACUACGAUGCGGCCAUGUUCCAGCGCCCCAUCUUCUCCCCGGCGCUGCCCUUCUUUGCCGCCAUUGCCUUUCAUCAGGGACAGCAGCAGCAGCAGCAACAGCAAUCCGGACUAGUCGCGAGCUACCAUCCGGACUCACAGGAAAAUCUCUUCCGACUGCGCAGCCUGAUGGUGCCACUCCAGUCAGCUGGCCAGAAUGGCUCCACUGCGGCUGCCGCGGCGGCAGCGGCAGCGGCAGCCGUUGGUGUGGGCGUUGGCGUAGGCGUGCCACCCGGCGGCGGGCAUUUGGGUCUGCCGCAUCAGCCGCAUCUGCACUUCCAUCACAUGGCCGCCAAGUGGCCGGGCCUGCAUCAAUUUAGCGACCUGUACUCGUGCAUGAAGUGCGAGAAAAUGUUCUCCACGCCGCACGGACUCGAGGUGCACUCGCGCCGCACCCACCACGGCAAGAAGCCCUACGCCUGCGAGCUGUGCAACAAGACCUUUGGCCAUGAGGUCAGCCUUAGCCAGCACAGGGCGGUGCACAACGUGGAAAAGGUCUUCGAGUGCAAACAGUGCGGCAAACGCUUCAAGCGCUCCAGCACCCUCUCCACCCAUCUGCUCAUCCACAGCGACACGAGGCCUUAUCCCUGCAGCUACUGCGGCAAGCGAUUCCAUCAAAAGAGUGAUAUGAAGAAGCACACCUACAUCCACACGGGCGAGAAACCGCACAAGUGUCAGGUGUGCGGCAAGGCGUUCAGCCAGAGCUCCAACCUGAUAACGCACUCCCGCAAGCACACCGGCUACAAGCCCUUCUCCUGCAAGCUAUGCCACAAGUCCUUCCAGCGCAAAGUGGAUCUGCGACGCCACAAGGAGACACAGCACACAGAUCUGCGCGUUCACCUGGGCAAGGUGGACUUCAUGUCCGCCGCGGGCGCAGCUGCCGAACUGGUCGCCGGACCCGGACCCUGACCCGGACCGGGCAUCGGCCUGCCCAUUGGCGCCGCCUCAACGCAGACGGCGCCGUCAGCUCCAGUGAAUGCCUCUACGCCGGUUAGCUCGAUGAAUUGCCAGAAGGUCUCGCUGCUGGCAUAACAGCAACAUCUGCAGCAGCGGGAGCCAGCGCCAGUUGCAUUACCAGAUCCAGUCCCAAUUAAUCGGAACCAUUGUGCAAUAGCUGCCGAUACAAAUGGACGCCGGCAUGCUUUUCCAUUUGUCGUUAAUACAAUUUGAAUAGAUUAAGCCGAGAAGCGAAAGAAAUUUCCAGUGUUGCCAAACAUAAAUAGAUGCAUACCAUAUACUAAAUACAUUAUACCAAAGAGAAACAGUUAAACCAAAAUAAAAACCAAAUCUUAAGCUCUCUCUCUCUCUAAUUCUCAGCGCACAGCAAAACCAAAAAAAAAAUAUUUAAAAAAAAUACAACACACAUUCUCAAAAUUAA